AUGGACGUGAUUCAAAGUGUUGGUGACCAAAGCUUCGGCUUAUCGCAUCCAAGCUCUGCCCUUCAUGCUUCACAGCAGGCCCCUGCUUUCUUACAAAACUCCUUUGCAUCGUGGGCCCCCUUGACAGCAGCAGAGAGCUCUGAUCAAUGGGCGACCUAUGAGUAUCUUUUACUUGUUUGCCUGCGCACUGGCGACGAUAAAUCUGCGCACCUUUGCCUGAAUCGCCUGACAGAUCGGUUUGGUCCAGCUAAUGAACGGAUUAUGGGAUUGAGAGGUCUAUACCAGGAAGCUACAGCAAAGGACACUUCAACUUUACAGAGCAUUCUGCAAGAUUAUGACAAUAUCCUCAAAGAGAAUGCCGUCAACGUGCCUAUUCUGAAACGCCGAGCAGCCCUACUACGUUCAUUAGGCCGAGACGAUGAGGCUAUAUCGGCAUUGGUGGACUACGUCGAGGCUUUUCCGACCGACGCCGAGGCAUGGUGCGAGCUGGCAGACUGUUAUCAAUCCAAUGCCAUGAGUGCGCAAGCAAUAUUCAGCGUGGAGGAAGCACUGCUAGUGAUACCUAAUUCAUGGAACCUUCAUGCACGUCUUGGCGAACUCCUCUACAUUUCAACCACCUCUACAACUGUCGAUGGCUCUUCUGCACAAAUAUUGGCGAGGUCAAUGAGACAUUUCCUAAGGAGUCUCGAGCUUUGCGACAGCUUUGCAAGGGCAUUAUAUGGCCUCAUUCUGGUUACCUCCAAACUCAUCGAAUACCUGUCAGGCAACAACACGAGUGGCGCCAAAGUGCCGUCAAAAGAAGUCGUCGAGGAAGUCAAAUCAAUGGCUCUGCACAAAUCAGAGGACCUUGUACGUUCGCAACAAUCGCAGUCCACCCCACAUGGAGCCCAAGGCGACCUCCUUGCUUUGAAGGAGCUAGUGCAGCGGAAGUAG